AUGGACGGCGGGGUGCGCGUCCCUCCGGGGACGCCGCCGAGAGCGGCACACGGUGUACCGUUGCUAACGGCGGACCCAGAUGGAAGCCCACUGCCGACUCCGCCGCGUGUGAGUCAUGUAUACAACAACCCCGAAAAAGAUCCCAGCACGCCCAUCCAACAGGACAAUACGCUGCGUCCCAGCCAGGCCAAAUCCGAGUUUGUGACACCGGGCCUGACGCUCGGUGCACGUACACUACGAAGCAGUGUUUCUGCAGCUGCUGGGCAGCGCAGUGUAGGCGGCAGCCUUCGCAAGUUCCGUACGUGUGCUUGUGCACUAACAGCAGGUUCGACGGUGCGUGCCGGGAAUGCGCAUAUCCCAGCGCGGCGGGUAGUACGGUACGAAGAGGAGGAGGAUGCGACUGUUGAAGAUCGCAAGCCAGAUGCCACCUCGCCGUUCCUUGCAGAACAGAGCAAGGAAAAUGAAGCACCAGCCAUGCCGCCAAGCCGCAGCGCGCCGCCUCAGAAUAUCCAGCCUAUUGCGCGUAUGCCAAGCGCAGUAAAAGAGUCGGUGCGCCAUCCCAGCGCAUCUUCUCUCAGCGAGUCCAUUGGAUCGCCCGACCUGGACGACAAAAACACCGACUACUUGGAGCGUAUGCGCGAAGAAGCCAUCCGUCAGCAGCGCACAUCGUUCGUACCACCUGGCCGUGCCGGCCAGAAAAGCAGUGCAAAAGAGACCAUGUUCCGCGGGUGCAAAUUCCUCAAGUUGCGCCGCGCAGGCGAGGGCGGCUUCAGCACGGUGUGGCAAGUACGCGGCCCCACAGCCAUUCCCGUAAGCGGCGCGCACGAAAUCCGGAUGGAAGAAGUGAGCGAGACGAACCAGGCGUACUUUGCGAUGAAGCAAGUAUCGCUCAAGCGCCUCGAGCCAGAAUCGCGCGAGGAGCUCGUUCAGGAAGCACAGCUCAUGGAGCAGCUUGCGAGCCGCCCCGGAAAUGAGCGGUAUAUACUGCGCUACUUUGGCCACCGACUCAAUCGCGAUUCGCUCAAGAUCCUCCUUGAGCUUGGCGAGAUGGACUUUAGCCACCUGCUCAAAUCCCAGGGCCCGCUCACCCAUACACAGAUCUGCGACUACUGGCGCGAGAUGCUCGAAGCGGUACACUUUAUUCACGAACAAGGCAACCUGGUGCACACAGAUCUAAAGCCAGCCAACUUUCUGUUGGUGCGCGACCGCCUGAAACUGAUCGACUUUGGGAUUGCGCAAAAAAUACCGCUCGGCACGAUCCAUAUUUCGCGCGAGGCGAUUGUCGGCACGCCGAACUACAUGGCGCCGGAAGCGAUCAAAAUGGCCAAGGCACACGGGCGGCAUGUUUACAAAGCCGGGAAAGCGAGCGAUGUCUGGUCGCUCGGAUGUAUACUCUACCAGAUGGUCUACGGACGACCGCCUUUUGAUCGGCUGCCUCCAGACCGCAAGCUGGAAGCCAUCAUCGAUCCGCAGCACAAGAUACCUUUCCCACCUCACCGUGCCCUGGACGACCCGAACUCCGAGGCCGUGGACGCCGAGCUGCUGGCCACGAUGCAAGCAACGCUGCAGUACCAUACAGCCGAACGCGCGCAGAUCCCCCAGUUGCUGCACGACCCCCUCAUCUCUCCGUGCAACGAGACGGUCACAAUCUCGCGCAAGACGCUGCGUGACCUCGUCAUGCGCCUCUGUGCACACACCCUCCAAGGCGAGCUGACCGAAGAGAACGCUGUCGCGCGCGCGGAUGUCCUCUUUUACAACCUGCAGUCUCCGUAG